AUGCAUACUUCGACAAUCGGCCUUUGGGCCUUGGCUGCCGGCAUCGUGUCGGCUAAGAGCUGCUUCAAUGCCACCGUGGAGGUCGAUAUCUCAGCCCGCAAUGGUGUCUUCGACAAGAUCAAGACCCCCGAGACCAACUUGGAUGCGACUACCUUCGCCCUCGCGUCCGCCAAGACUGGUGGUAACAUCACCGAGGAGGCUUUGUCGGGCUAUGCUACCGUUGGCGGGCGUUACAACAUCUCCACUCAGUACUGCAUGCCAAAGAACUCCGAGAGCGGCAGCCAUACGCUUCAGAUCCUGACCCAUGGAAUGGGCUUCGACAAGUCAUACUGGGAUUUGCCCUACAACAACUUCAACUACUCCUACGUGGACUACGUCUUGUCCCGGGGAUACCACACCUUCUCGUACGACCGACUUGGAAUUGGCAAGUCCACCCACGGCGAUGCGAAGAACGAAAUCCAGUCCUUCCUUGAGAUCGAGGCUCUGGCCGAGUUGACCCGCAAGGUGCGCGAGGGCAGUUUGGAGGGCGUCAAGAAGCCCUCCAAGGUUGUCCACGUCGGACACUCCUUCGGCUCUGCCCAAACUGUCGCCAUGUCCGCCAUGUACCCUGACCUUUCGGAUGCACUUGUCCUCACUGGGUUCUCCGCCAGCAUUGCCUCCAUGCCCGUCUUCCUUGCCGGUGCCAACUUCCAGCAGGCCAAUCUCAACCACCCCCCUGGAUGCCCCUCUACUCCUCGCCCCAGCUACAGCAGUGGAUACCUGGUUAACUCGGACAUUGGCACCAACAAGUUCCUCUUCUUCUGCCCCGGCAACUUCGACGAAGGCAUCUUGUCCUACGCCGAGCAGAACAAGCAGCCAAUGACCGUUGGUGAACUCAUGACCAUGACCGGACUGCCGACGUCCAGUGCCUUCACAGGUGCCGUGUACGUGAUCGAUGGCGAGAAUGAUAUCGCAUUCUGUGGUGGCGCCUGUUCCUACACCACCGACUCCUCGGCUUCCAUUCCUGCCGGCGUCAAGGCCGUCUUCCCCAAGGCCAGUGCUUUCUCGGCCUACGUCCACCCCGACACUGGACACGGCAUCAACCUGCACUACAACUCCACCGCUGCCUACAAGCAAAUUAACGACUUCCUGGGUGCCCAGGGAUUGAUCAGCGAGAGCCAUGAGCACGAGGCUCGUCACCACCACGACUUCUAA